AUGUACUAUACCUCACAGGUCAAGCCCAACAUCUUGACCAAUAGUAACAUUUCCAGUCUUUGUGAUCAGAUCGACAAAAAGUUUAGGGUAGAACCUCAAGAGAUCCAAGACAAAGUUAUGUGCAUCCAUAACAAGCAACAUACCAGUAGGAAGACACCCCCUGCUGAGAGUGAUAAUGAAAUCAGUGCUGAUGUUGAUGCUGAGACACAUAGAAGUAAUAUACAGUGGUGUGCGCCAGCACUCAUGCAGAUUCUCACCCAUUUGUCACAAAAGACCGGUUGGUCCUUUUCAGUUCUGAUGGGUGGGCCAGAUCUGGCAGAUGCUGAGGAGCAGUGCAUGGUUGCAAGGAAGAAUAGAUGUGGACUUAAUUUUGCAGAGUCUUACCAUCACUUUGACUCCACUGUGGUGCAAGCAUAUGCAGAAUUCCUUGACUCCAAGCUUUAUGAUAAUGUACCUGUCAUUGCAGCCUCCUCCAUCAGCAAGAAAACAGGCCACAACAAGGGCAGCGAUGCAAACAAUGGUGCUGAUGUCAUGAAGGGUGACAAUGACAACAAGCCUGACAACCACAGGAACAUGGAUGAUGAAGAUGACACUGACAUUGGUGAGGGUCAGGAAGGUAAUGAUGCAGGCAUUGGCAAGGACAACGAAGGGGAUGAUGUGGGCAUUGGUGAUGACCAGGAAGGUGAUGAUUCAGGCAUUGAUGAUGACCAGGAGGUCAACAAUGCUGGGCAUUUGGACAAGUUGAGCAAUGCUUCCACUCUCAUAUUUAUAUUCUCAACACUUCAGUAUUUAAGUGUUGCAACUUCUCAUGAUGGUAUGUCUGUUGCAACAACUCCACCCCAACUCGUCACAGGUUCUGCUCUUGCAACAUCAUGUUAUCCUAUCGUCUCACCACUGUGCAUUCAGACCAUGCAUCCAAGUAUUGCAAGUCUGGCAAAAACUCCAGCAUAUGUUGCAACACCUUCACACAUUGCAAUGCCCAGUUCCAUCAUGGGACUUCCAAGUGUUGCAAUGCCUGAGUGCACUCUUGUCCCUUCAGUGAGUAUCCAGCCUUCUGGUAUUUCCAAUCAUCUUUUAUCUUCACAGGAUUUUGGCUCUUUUGGCACAGAACUGGAUAGCAUUCUCCAGGCCAACACAAUGUCAAUGUUUACACCACAGUGGAACUUUGAUGGCCUACCCCUCAUUAGCUCUAACCCUGCAACUGUCCAUGCUACAAACCAUUUGAUGUCUCUUACUGGUAGUACUACCAAUCCAUAUCUGGACUAUUUCACAAUGGCAGGGCAAUAUGAGCACUUGACACAAGACCUGCCUUUGUUACCUUCCACCCCAUCUGACAACAGCUCUCUGCCACCAGCCUCCAAGGUGCUUGGGGACCCUCUGCUAGGCUGUCCUAAAUGCAAACCAGUCCCAUCCUUGUGUGCCCAGCAUGACAACAUGAUAGGCGAUGCAGAUAAGGAGAACAGUUUGGUGGUGCAUAGGGUGAAGAAGAAGUGGUCUGAACUCAAGGAUGGUGCAGCAAGGAAGUCAAAGAAAAGGAAGACAGUUCCUUAA